UGCAUAUAAUGCACAGUUCACAGCCUACCUCUGUAAAGCACUUUGUGACGCUAUAUAAAAAUGAAGAUAUUAUUAAAAGAAAUCUGUUAUGCAGUAGGUGUGUUGAAUUUUAAAAGUGAUUAGCAUGUGCAUGUCUCACCUCCAGAUGUGUUUUACCUUACAUGCUGUUUUUUAAUGACAGAAUUAGAAGUAAAUAAAUCACUCUCAUAACAGAACGUGAAGUUGUUUUUUUUUUUUUUUUUUUUUUUUUUUUUUAAAUCACUAACAAACCAAAUGCAGCACUCAACAGAUGGUUUCAUACUAAUGUACUGUAAAUACCAUAUUUGCUCGAGUAAAAGUCGACCUCAUGUAAAAGUCGACCCCCCCCCCCAUUGUGAGAGCAAGAUUCAGGUAUAAUUUUUUUCCCCUAAAUAUAUGUAUUAGAUAUCCUGACGCCAUCUGAGCAGCAGAUUUGCAAAAAUAACAAUUUUAUAAGUACUUCUAUCUAGAAUUUUGACGUGUAUUACAAUAAUUUUACGCGUAAUUUUGACGUGUAUUACAAUACAGUACAUGCUUUUUUUUUGUGACCGGGUACUCCCCGUCCCUGUGCAUUUUUGUAUUAUUUUAUAUUAUUACUAUUAUUUAAAAUGUAGGGUAGACGAAAAGCUGUCCGCCAUUACUGUCGUUCUUUGUAUUUUUUUUUACUUUACUCUGCAUGGCUGUCGGCUAAUAAUUAUGUAAUUAGCUUACAGUCACACAGAUUUAUUAAACUAGUGCAAACUAUUACCGAGGCGUUAUCAGUCUGUUGUCUAUGUCCACUGUCUUCUGGGUCUGACGUCAUCACCCAAGCCAUCCUGUCACAAGCACGCAAUAGUAUUAAUUUUGUAUACAAGCCCCACCCCCACUUCCUUCCUAGCUAAACACAGAAGUAUUUCAGUGGAAUGUGGGGGUACUGUGGUCUGGCUGUAAUUCAAUGAAACUGUGUCUGUGUUUUACAUGUCAGCUCCUGGAUGUAAACAAACCUGGGAUUCAUUUUUUUAAUAUAUAUAGACAAGAUUUUGUCAAGUCUUGAGAUGUUUCAUUUUGAUUUGAGAGAAAUUAGAAGCAUUUGCUCUGGUAAUGAAGGCAUCAAGGAUUUGCCCACAACAAUGGAGGUGCUGCUGUUUCCCACAGAGGCACGAUGCUGAAGGGUCGCGCAAUGGAAAAGAGAGUAUUGUGCAAAUAAGGGGAACCUACCUUAUCAACCUGCAUUGCCCGCCCUUUGAGUGCAGGUUCUAAUGGAGCCAGAGGUGAAAGACCAUGAGGAGAUGUCACCCAAGACCUCCCCAGUAAACAACAACAACAACAACCACUCUAUAGAAUCCAAUAUUGUGUCAACAUAUUCAAGCCUGUCAGAAGACUUAGUGUUUGUGGAUAAUAAGGUAGUUGAAAACCUAACUGAAGGACUGAUCUCACAUUAUUUACCUGACCUGCAACACUCAAAAUUGGCCUUGCAGGAGCUGACACAAAAUCAAGUAAUAUUACUUGACACGCUGGAACAAGAAAUCACAAAAUUCCGGGAGUGUAAUUCAUUACUUGAUAUAAAUGCCCUGUUUACAGAAGCAAAGUACUAUCAUAAUAAACUGGUAAAUAUAAGAAAAGAAAUGAUGAUGCUACAUGAAAAGACAACUAAAUUAAAGAAAAGAGCACUGAAACUUCAACAACAAAAACACAAAGAAGCACUGGAGAGAGAACAGCAGCAGGAAAAGGAGCUUGAAAGGGAACGGCAGCUGAUUGCAAAACCUGCAAAAAGAUCUUAAUAGUCAAAGUGUGUGCAAUCUGUAUCAGUUCAGAUUCUGUCAAAGAAAGUGCUUGCAAUAAGGGGGGGGGGGGGCAGGUGCCUAGUUAGGUUAAAUUAAAUAUCCCAUGUUUUAACAUAGUGAUGUAAUUACUGAUCUGCUGUUUAAAUUUUACUGACAUUUACUUGGUUUGUAUUUCUGCCCUGUUUAAGCAUGAAGACAAUCCUGUGUGUGAAAUCAAGUCAUAUGAAAAUAAUUCUAAUAACUAAACAGCAGUAGCACAAAGACCGUGCAUUUAAAUUGAGGAUGGGUGCAGAAAUUAUAAUGCUUGUUAAAUGGCAUUGGUUGUUUUUUUGUUUUUUUUUGCUUGUUUUGUUUUUUUACUUGAAUGAUGCGUUCUUUAUAUCACAUGUUCUCCCCUAUAGCCUUACUGGGAUGGAAAGAAGACUCCCAUUACAUAGCGGUUUGUUGUAUUCCAGGUUUUACUGUGAGCCUGAUGCAAUAUGUAACAAGAUCAGGUGUGUCUAACCAAGCUCCAGAUCAAUCCUGCAAUGGGUCAGACUGCUAUGUAAUGGAAGUGUCUGCUCCUUCUAUCUUGCUUGGGUAUUGUCAAAAUGUUAUUGUCUGAAAUGCAGCAAAGGUCUUUAAGUGCAACUCUGAUAUGAUUUAUAAGACAAGAGGUUGCAGAAGAUAUUAAUAACAGGUGCAGUAUUAUCAAAAACUUGAUUCUCUAAAACUGGAUCAUCCAAACAAAUUUCAUACCGCAGCAUAAAUAUAUUCAGUAAUUGAUUGACUACUGUAUUACUCUUGACAAAUAGUGUUGGUGGUCAUGUUGGUUUUUAGGGAGUGGUAGCUCUGGAUUUGUUUCAUAUCACAAGCCAUAUAUUGUUUUAAUAUGGCUGAGUUGUACAUUUACACAUCUGUUAGUAGAGUAGGUACCAAUGUCAUUGGAGUUGUUUCAGUUCUAACAUGAAUCAUUAUCUUUGGUAAAAUAUCUAUGUAUUGAACUGGUGUACUAUUCAAAAGAACUUGCUCUUGCUCAUCACCCUGGGAAGAUAUUAUAUGUACCAGAUAAAGUGAAGAAUGUUUGCAUAAUCAUUUUAAUUUGAUGUACAAUAAAACAAAGUAUCUGUGUUUACAAUACCUCAACAGAUCAAAUUGAGGACACUUGUCGCAAUAUCAUUAGUACAUCUCCAAAAGUUAUUUUACAUUAAAAACUAUUCUUUCAAAUUUUGCAAACACUGUAGUUUACUCAGAAGUACUUCUGGUAUGCAGUAUUCUUUCAAUGAUUCUGUGCUAGGUUGUACAGACAGAUGAGAUUCAAAUAACAUUUUUUAAAAUUUUCUAUCCAGGUUUGUGAUUGUCUGCACUUUAAGAAUAAAAAAUGUAUGAAUAUUACGGGAAUAGGUCUUACCACCACAGUAUAUUUUGUUGACCUGAUAUUUUGUGUAUUUAUACAUAGAUCUACUGUUUUUAAAGAGUACAAAGCUUCCUAUGUCAUUUUGAUGUUUGCGUGUGUGUGUGUAUAUAUAAUCUAUCAUACCCAUGAGUGUCCAAUAGACACUGCUGUCUGUCCAGAUACAGUUUAAUAAAACAGCUUGAAACUUGGCAACACGUCUAAUACAACAGAGGUUC